AUGCACACCCCUGGUGAGCGAGGCCAGGAGACCAGAGGCCUGGCUUUCCAGCAGGUUCACAGCGGCUGCCCUGGUUCACAUACUAGGGUCCCCAUUUGGAAGUGUCUGGAGGCCCUUGUGAUCAUCACAUGUCAUGGCUACUUCCUCCAGGAGGUCCUGGCCCUCUUUCAUCCACAGGGGUGUGGGGUGACUCUGGCCUCCACUGGAUGUGGCAGGACUUGUCACAGUGAGCAGAAUUCACAUGGAAGCCACCGGAGGGGCCAGGGGUCCGUGCGGGUCUGGCCCACACCUGGAGGACGACCUCAGGAGCCGAAUCCAGCCGCUCUAGGGUUUCCCAGCCUCUCCGUGGGCCUGCUUCUCGAGUCCCCAGUGUUUAAACACAGGAUGAGUUUGCAUUACAAAAUUUCUCAUUUUAGGAAAACAAGUUAUGACAACAUUUCUAUGAAUAAGAAGUUGGUUGAGAAAAACUUAAAAUAUUAUUCAACUUGCAACACAGACCAUUUCCCCUCCUCCACCCCCAGAUACACAAAGGUAUUCGCCUUCAUCUCGGGAACCUAA